AGGGGGAGGUGGGCGCCCGAAAGCCAGCAGGGGGUCCCAGGCGCCGGCCCGGCCCGCCACACUCAAGAUGGCGGCGCGGCGGCGGCGAGGUCCCUCAGAGGCGGUGCCCGCGCAUGCGCGGCGCGGAGUCCCGGCCCGGGACACAAGAUGGCGGCAGCGGCGCUGGGGAGGGCGAGGCGGAGGCGGCAAAACGGGCAGUCGAACACGACGUGUAGCCGCGUCCCCCCGAGUCCGCUCCGGGCAGCUGCUGACGCAAGGAGUCCCCUGGGCCCCUGUCCAGUCGACUGCUGACAAGCCCACCCGCCUGUGCCGCGCCUUCCCGCGGGCUCCCUCUUGCCUCAGUGGGACCCUGUGACGUGGGGGGGUCCAGCCGGCUGGAGAAGAAACCCUCUCAUGCUUGCGUUGCAGACCCCAGAGGGUCCGGUGUGGGUGCUGAGAUGGCCAAUGAGAAUCACGGCAGCCCCCGGGAGGAAGCGUCCCUGCUGACUCAUUCCCCAGGCACCUCCCACCAGAGCCAGCCCUGUUCUCCAAAGCCCGGCCGCCAGGUGCAGGACCUCCCAGAGGAGCUGGUGCACGCGGGCUGGGAGAAGUGCUGGAGCAGGAGGGAGAACCGUCCCUACUACUUCAACCGCUUCACCAACCAGUCCCUGUGGGAGAUGCCCGUGCUGGGCCAACACGACGUGUUUUCGGACCCUUUGGGACUGAAUGCGACCCCAUUACCCCAAGAGUCGAGCUUGGUGGAAACCCCCCCAGCUGAGAACAAGACCCGCAAGCGGCAGCUCUCAGAAGAGCAGCCAAGCGGCAACGGUGUGAAGAAGCCCAAGAUCGAAAUGCCCGUGACACCCACGGCCCCGUCGGUGCCCAGCUCCCCCAGCAUCCCGGGAACCCCGACUCUGAAGAUCUGGGGGGCGUCUCCCGAGGACAAGCAGCAGGCGGCGCUCCUCCGGCCCACAGAAGUGUACUGGGACCUGGACAUCCAGACCAACGCCGUCAUCAAGCACCGGGGCCCCUCGGAGGCGCUGCCCCCGCACCCCGACGUGGAGCUGCUGCGCUCCCACCUCAUCUUGAAGCUCCGACAGCACUACCGGGAGCUGUGCCAGCAGCGGGAGGGCAUCGAGCCCCCUCGGGAAUCCUUCAACCGCUGGAUGCUGGAGCGCAAGGUCGUGGACAAGGGCUCCGACCCCCUGCUGCCCAGCGACUGCGAACCGGUCGUGUCGCCGUCCAUGUUUCGCGAAAUCAUGAAUGACAUUCCCAUCAGGUUAUCCCGAAUUAAGUUCCGGGAAGAAGCCAAGCGGCUGCUCUUCAAGUACGCAGAGGCGGCCCGGAGGCUCAUUGAGUCCAGGAGUGCGUCCCCCGACAGCAGAAAGGUGGUCAAGUGGAACGUGGAGGACACCUUCAGCUGGCUCCGAAAGGACCAUUCGGCCUCCAAGGAGGACUACAUGGACCGUCUGGAGCACCUGCGGAAGCAGUGCGGCCCACACGUCUCGGCCGCAGCCAAGGACUCCGUGGAGGGCAUCUGCAGUAAGAUCUACCACAUCUCCCUGGAGUACGUCAAACGGAUCCGAGAGAAGCACUUGGCCGUCCUCAAGGAAAACAACAUCUCAGAGGAGGUGGAGGCGCCCGAGGUGGACCCCCGCCUGGUGUACUGCUACCCGGUCCGGCUGGCUGUGCCCGCGCCCCCCAUGCCCAGCGUGGAGAUGCACAUGGAGAACAACGUGGUCUGCAUCCGGUACAAGGGCGAGAUGGUCAAGGUCAGCCGCAACUACUUCAGCAAGCUGUGGCUCCUUUACCGCUACAGCUGCAUUGACGACUCCGCCUGGGAGAGGUUCCUGCCCCGGGUCUGGUGUCUUCUCCGGCGGUACCAGAUGAUGUUCGGCGUGGGCCUCUACGAGGGCACGGGCCUGCAGGGCUCGCUGCCCGUGCACAUCUUCGAGACCCUCCACCGGCUCUUUGGGGUCAGCUUCGAGUGCUUUGCCUCGCCACUCAACUGCUACUUCCGCCAGUACUGCUCUGCCUUCCCCGACACCGACGGCUACUUCGGCUCCCGAGGGCCCUGUCUGGACUUCUCGCCGCUGAGCGGCUCCUUCGAGGCCAACCCCCCCUUCUGCGAGGAGCUCAUGGAUGCCAUGGUGUCUCACUUCGAGAGGCUGCUGGAGAGCUCGACGGAGCCGCUGUCCUUCAUCGUGUUCAUCCCCGAGUGGCGGGACCCCCCCACCCAGGCGCUCACCCGCAUGGAGCAGAGCCGCUUCAAACGCCACCAGCUGGUCCUGCCCGCCUUCGAGCACGAGUACCGCAGCGGCUCCCAGCACAUCUGCAAGAAGGAGGAGAUGCUCUACAAGGCCGUGCACAGCACCGUGCUGCUCUUCCUGCAGAACGAGCCGGGCUUUGCCAAGUGGGGGCCGACGCCCGAGCGGCUGCAGGAGCUGACCACCGCCUACCGGCAGUCGGGCCGCAGCCACAGCUCCUCUUCCUCCUCCUCCUCCUCCUCCUCCUCGGAGGCCAAGGACCGGGACUCGGGCCGGGAGCAGGGCCCCAGCCGGGACGCUCACCCCACCUAACAGAGCCUGCAGGGAGGAGGAGCCCCCGCGUGCUCGUGUGGACUGUCGGGGCCCGCCCC